ACACACCCACACACACACCCUCCUCCGUAGCCAGAUCGCUCUUCACUCUCUCCUCUCGUCACUUCGUUUCCUCUCCUCCUCUCGACAGCAUCCACAACUAUAGCGCAACCGUCCCCCAUCACUCUCUCCUCCUCCCACCUUCUUUCUCUCACUCAGUUACUGUCAGAUCUCUCUCCUCUGCGUCUCUCACCCUUUCGCCCUCCCCAACCCCAGCCGUCCCCCUCUCUGUAUCUCUCCGUCUCUCUCUCUCUCUCUCUAUCUCACUCUCUCCAGCAGAGCUCACUCCCUCACUCUUCUGACGCACGACAGGGAAACGGACCCAAAGGCAGGAAGAAGAACAAGAAGAAAAAAAAGAGAGUAACAGCAUCAGAACCAGCCGCUGAUAUGGUCCGCCGACUCCUGCUAAUGCUGCACCGGACAGAGACACGGUCCUGAAGCCGAGAGGAGAACACUCUCUCCAGGGUACACUCUGGUUGAGCGCUCGCCCGGGAGGAGGAGGAGGAGGCGAAGGAGAAGAGAGAGAGAGAGAGAGAGAGAGAGAGAGAGAGGGGGAGAGAGGAGGAAGAGGACGCGGACGGGCAUAAGUGGAGGACUUGCAUUUUAAACAAACUGCUUUGGAGAAAAAAAAAGGGAGAGACGAAGAGGAAGAAGGGGAGAGAAUCAGAGGCAUCCGAGAGCGAGAGUGGGAGCCCGCAUUCCUAUCACGUCUUCAUUUUCCCUCUAUCCCUUUUUUUUUUUUGCUCCAGCCACUGCGAGAGAGAGAGAGAGAGAAGAGAGGGAGAAGAGAGAUCUAACAAGAUUCAAACUAGUGGUCUUUCCCCCGAUGUUUUCCAAUUGCAGACGGAAACUAAGCCCGGCUUUGGACGGUGAGCGGUCGCACCGGGCAACAAGAGGACACACCGCGGGAGGAGAUGUGAAGUAGUUGGAAUCCCACUAAACUAAUGCUGUGAAGUGGCUCUGUCCCUGGAGCCGAGACUUCAUCCCCUUGGUGUCAGCGAGGAUGCUGUGGGUUACCUUGCUGAGCACCAUAGCCUUAGGAUGGACCACCCCAAUCCCACUACUAGAGGACUCAGAGGAGAUCGACGAGCCCUGCUUUGAGCCCUGCUACUGCGAGGUCAAAGAGGGCAUCUUCCACGUCCACUGUGACAGUAAAGGAUUUACAAAUGUCAGCCAAAUAUCACAGAUAUGGAGCCGGCCCUUCAAGCUCAACCUGCAGAGAAACUCCAUGAGGAAGCUUUACUUUAACAGCUUCCUCCAUCUCAACAAUGCCAUAUCCAUUAACCUGGGUAAUAAUGCUUUGCAAGACAUCCAUGCAGGAGCAUUCAAUGGUUUAGGAAUACUCAAACGGCUGUUUCUACAUGAAAACAAACUAGAAGUUUUCCGGAAUGACACCUUUCUGGGGUUGGAGAGUUUAGAGUACCUUCAGGCGGACUACAAUGUUAUCAAAAGGAUUGAAAGUGGUGCAUUUAGGCACCUUCACAAGUUGAGAGUGCUGAUACUGAAUGACAAUCUUAUCCCCAUGCUCCCAAAUUAUCUUUUCCGGUCUGUCUCCCUUACACAUCUGGACCUAAGAGGAAACAGACUAAAGACACUGCCGUAUAAGGGCACAUUGGAGUAUGUGGGGAGGAGCUUAAUGGAGAUUCAGCUGGAGGAGAACCCCUGGAACUGUGUGUGUGAGAUUGUACAGUUAAAAACAUGGCUGGAGAGAAUCCCUUACACAGCUCUGGUGGGCGAAAUUACGUGCGAGUAUCCAUUCCACUUACACGGGAAAGACUUACGGGAAAUCAAGCGCAGUGAGCUCUGUCCACUGCAAUCCGACGCUGAGAUCGAGGCCAAGCUGGGAAUUCCACGAAUCCCAUUUAGCACCGAGAACACAUGGCCUACUAAACCAUCCUCUAUGCUCUCCUCCUUUCACAACACAGCAUCUUCUGUGGAAUACAAGGAAAGAGUUGUCAAGCCUACCAAACGACCUCGGCCAACAAAGAACCCUCCAACCCCUCAUAGCAUAUACCCAGGCAUCAACCAACCCCCUAUUGCUGGUUAUCAAACAAGGCCUCCCAUCCCCAUAAUUUGUCCGGCUGGAUGUACUUGCAACCUCCACAUAAAUGACCUGGGGCUUACAGUGAACUGUAAAGAAAAAGGCUUCCACAACAUCUCUGAGCUCCUUCCUCGGCCCCUCAACGCUAAGAAACUGUACCUCAGUGGAAACCUAAUACAGAAAAUCUACCGUUCUGAUUUCUGGAAUUUCUCAAGUUUGGAUUUACUGCAUUUAGGGAAUAAUCGCAUAUCCUAUGUCCAAGAGGGCGCCUUUAUCAACCUGCCAAACCUAAAAAGCUUAUAUCUGAAUGGAAAUGACAUUGAGAGGCUCACCCCUGGGAUGUUCCGAGGGCUACAGAUGUUGAGCUAUCUUUAUUUGGAGUAUAAUGUCAUACGUGAGAUACAGCCCAACUCCUUCUCCCUAAUACCAAAUCUCAAGCUGGUUUUCCUCAAUGACAAUCUGUUACGCUCCCUCCCCACUGAGGCCUUCGCUGGCACCAACCUUGCACGCCUAAACCUUCGCAACAACUAUUUCCUUUCCCUGCCAGUGCGUGGCGUUUUGGAUCAUUUGACCUCUCUUGUACAAAUUGAUCUCCACCAGAACCCAUGGGACUGCUCUUGUGAUAUCAUCCCCCUCAAACAGUGGGUGGAAAAACUCUCCUCUGUCAUUGUUGUUGGAGAGGUCAUAUGUAAGACACCUGAGUUUGCAUUUGGAAAGGACCUGCGCUCACUGGAGGUUGAGGUCAUCUGUCCUGAGCUUAAGUAUUCUUCAGGCCCUUCGCCAGCCCAGCCUGGUGGAGAUGACCUCACCACAGGCAGCUCUGAAAUGGGAGAAGCAGGUGGGAGAGGAGCUGUUCCACUGUCUGUUCUCAUCCUCAGCCUACUUAUUCUCAUCAUAUCUGCUGUGUUUGUGGCUGCGGGGCUUUUUGCUUUUGUUCUCCGCCGCAGAAAGAAGCUGCCCUUCCGAAAACGUUCCGAGGUUGAUCUGACAGGCAUCCAGAUGCAGUGCAGGAUUUUUGAGGACCCGCCAAGACAGAGUAGCGCUGGUGACCCUGACACACCUGAAAAGCCAACACCCAGUAUGCAUACACAUACUCACAGUAGUCACUCACAUGCCCAUGGUCAUGUUUAUGAUUACAUCCCCCACCCUGUGACUCAGAUGUGUAACAACCCCAUCUAUAAGCCUAGAGAGGGGGAGAUAGAGGAAGACCGAGCACAGUUUUCCGAGAAGAAAGACAAUGGCAGCAGUAGCAACAGUAACUACAGAACCUUAUUAGAGAAAGAGAGAGAGUGGACAAUGGCUGUCUCCAACUCUCAACUCAACACCAUUGUCACAGUCAACCACUCCACGGCUGACAUGGCGGGAUUUCAUGAGAAUGGAGGGCUCUGCCCUACAAUGAUUGACAGCCAGAGACCCACACCGACAGUGGGCUUUGUAGACUGCUUGUAUGGGACAGUACCAAAACUAAAGGACAUGCAUGUGGCACAUGCACAUCCACCGGGCAUGCAGUACCCUGAUUUGCAGCAGGAUGCACGGCUGAAGGAGACAUUGCUUUUCACGGCGGGGAAAGGCUGCUACCCCGACCCGUCCCAAAGCGAUUACCUCGAGUUAAGGGCCAAACUUCAAACCAAGCCGGAUUACCUCGAAGUCUUGGAAAAAUCAUACCGGUUUUAACAUCUCUAGCCCAUGGAGAAAACUAAACAAAAAGCAUAAAAUCAAUACAUUCACUUUGACACCCUCACAACAAAGUCACCUAAAACAAAUACUGAAAAAUAAAUUCUAAAAGCAGCAUGAUAUAAAAUAAAAAUAUUAUACUACACUUACAACUUUUCCCCCAAAACCACUUUGGAGGAGAGGCCAUUCUCAGAUAUUUCAAUGAAGUGCCUUUUUUCAGAGUAGCCAGCAGUGUCAACAGCCGUUAUUUUUAUAAUAUAUAAAUAUCUCUAUAUGCCCAACAGAAAGCAAAAGAGGAACAAGAGGGGCACCGGGGAAUAAAACAUACAUACAUCCUAAAAUACAUCUGUUACUAAAACCCCUUUUUAUGGAGUUACCAUGAUUGAUGAUGACGAUUCAGGACACACGGGAGCUGGACGUCUCCCUGACUUGAGAGUCUCCUUUACCCCUGACUAGGAUGUACAAAUACCCGGAGGCCAUGCACAUGAAGUUUGCAGAAAAUUAUCAAAAGAGAAAAAAAAACAAAAAAAAAAAAACAUAUAUUAAAAUGAACUGCAGUUUGCUGCAUGCACUCGCUUCAGUGCAGGAAGCGAAGGAAUUUAUUCAGAACUGUCAAAUCACAUUAUGAACAGAGAUACUGCAACACAUAAACCGUUCAGUGUUCUAUUUAAUUUUUAUAUCUUAUUAAUGUUAUUACUAUUAAUGAGGACUUCUGUCUAUAUCAGGGUGCUUCUCGUAUGGACGCACUGACGCACGGAUGGUAAAACAUUUGUGAAUAUUAUUAUCAGACAAUGCUCAAGGUUUUUCUGGAUAUUUCCAUGCACUUUGUUAAGAACCGCCCCCCCCCCACCCACCCUCCCAUUGCUUCUGGAUUCCCCAUUAUCACCCACUAACGGCUUUGUAGGAGGCACUUUUAAUGUUUUCUCUCUCACAAAGAUUUGAAGAAAAAAAGUGUGCAUAUAUUUAUUCUGUAAUUUCAGUGAAGAGUUUAAUUGUAAAGGUAAUGUUAAAUCAAUGUAUAGUGAUUAUGCGUCUGGUAUAGCCUUCUUAAUAAAAAACAAACUCUUCGAUUAAAUGAUGAAAAGGUUGAUGCCACGGUACCUUGUGUGUGGAGCACUAUUGACAGGUUGUCCAUUUGUUUUUUUUGUUAAAAUGGCAUAUUGAAACGUUGGCUAACCAUCAUGAGCUAUACUUAUACGAGGAUGUUGGGGUAGCUAUUGAACCAGUCACGAGAGAUGGGAAUGUACCAGAGGGCGAUGUCAUUUAACCUGCUCCUCAUUAUUUCCAGAUUAGUGUGAAAUUAAACAGGGAAAACAAACGAUAGAUGGGGCGGAGGAAAUAUUUUUUCAGAAAGAGAUGUUUAUUCAGAGUUCUAUCCGAUCGCCCCCUUCUGGAUAUCAUUUGUAAUGUGCAAUUUGUAUCUGCCACUACACUGUCAGUCCUAAAUGGAUGCAAUGUACAGGCACAAAAUAUAUAUAAAAUGCAAUGCCAGAACAUGUCAAGUGAACGCUGCUGGUGUUGAAGUGGAUGAGAAGAGAGGAUACCAAAUCAGUGAAGCAUGCUGCAAUUUUCAUUAUCUAAACGGGUACUACUGAUUUAGGCUACUAAACAGUAAUUGAGAGGGUGAGUGAAACGUGAUUGGAAGUAGCUCUUAGAAUUUGCGCAUCUAAUUUCUGACUCCCUCUACAAGUAGCAGUGUGGGUUCUUUCCACUGGGGGGUGAUAAAAAGGCAUUCAGGUUCAUUGAGCAUUUAGUGGAAUGGAUGCAAGUACAAUGUGUGACGCUAAUUGUCUCUUAGAAGUCAUCGAGUCUCAUGUUCAUAAUUAAUUACUGUCACUAUAUCUAUACAUGUAUCGUACACAUGGCAUAAGAUAAUUAUAUACAUUUUGUUUCAUAUUUACCCUCGCCAUUUUUAAAACCAACUAUCUUAAAAAGCAGAAUAAAUCAGGCCAUUUUUAACUGUAUCCGCAAAAUUAAAACAAUUUAACACAGUGCUUUCACAAACUGACAUUUCUUAUUUUUGAUGAUUGCCGAUUACUUGCACUUUGUGCGGAAUUAUUCCUCACUGGUCUCUUCCACAGCAACAAUCGUUUGCUUAUUCUUUUGUGCCGUGACCCUUCCCUACUCUGAUUCUAUUUUGGGACCAAAAAUAAGGAGAGGAAAAAAAAAAAAAAAGCGGCUAUGGGGUAAACAUUGGUAUUGCAGUACAUUGUCAUCAUUGUGACUUUUUCCGCUUUCCAAACAAAACAAUACGAUGCAAUGUUGAUGUCUAUUAAUGUGAGAUUAACUAUUAAAAGGAAGGUACAUUUCUGUUUUGUUUGUAAAAUGGGCAUGAUAUGCAAUUUGCUUUUAACGCAAUAGGUCUACUAGCAGUGGUGAUCCUUAUUUGACAUGGGAUGUUAUAGUUUAUCAUGUGUAAACUUUCCCUGUGUGGAAGAUAUGUAGCAAACCGCAUACUUCCCUGUUAAAGGGGAAGUCCCUUAGCUUAGUCAGAAACAACCAUCUCCAGUACAUAUCAUCAGUGAUCCGGUAUAUAAGUUUCCAAUAUGAAACAUUUUAUCUUGUGUUGUUUUUAAAUGGUUCAUUCUUUGACAAUUACUGAUGCUUAAAUGAGUGGAGUGCACUUUCAUAUAAAUCCUUUGUAAACAUGGUAGCGUUAUGCCAAGGCUGUGUUUUUUACUGGCAGGAAGUUUCAAAAUGCUGUACCCCCGUGUUCUGUCCUGCACCUCUUUUGCCUGCUCCACUUUUUUUAACACUUAUACACACACACACGGACAUGUACACACGUACACACAUGGUUCCACAUAAAGCUGUCCUUUCCUCAACCGAGAGGGUUAGACUAUAUGAUCAGCAUUUUCUGUAUGCACUCAGUUUGAUUAAAAACAUAAUGCAUUGCUCUGUUAACCCCGACCCUCAUCAUCACCCCGAGCUCUCCAAAUGAAUAAAUAAAUAAAGUUUUGGGAUCACUGAUGAUUUUGCUAUAAUCCUACAUCUUGGCAAGCUUUUAUCUUCUACCCUACGUCACCCACCCACCGUUAUAUAUCACAAAUGAGUGCUGGGCUUUGUCCCAUUAUAUCAUGCUGAUUGGUUUUAUCCCAAUAAAUCCUCUUGUUAUCCUGCA